UCUUUGUAGAAGUUUCAAGUGGAAGAAAAUAAGCUCAAAAUCCAGGUUUUAUUGCUCUUUGUUAAUUAGUUUUAUUGUUUUUUAUUGUGUUGUGUUUAUUAUAAAAAUUAAAAAAUAUUUCCUAAGAAACAACUUUCUGGAAAUCUCAAGAGACAAAGAAAGAAAGAAGAAGAAGAAAUUGCUCAAAGUUUAAGAGGAUCUUUGAAUAAAUAUUUUGUUAAACAAACCAAUGCUUCACUUGAAAAUUUAGAUGAAGAUUUACCAAAUGAAUAUGAACAAAUGAAAAAAGAAGAAGAAAUUGCUCAAAGUUUAAAGGGGCACAGUUGAGAAAAUUUGCCCUGGGCCUUAGAAAACCCAGGACCGGCUCUGAUGUAGGCUUAAAGAUAUUCGGUUGGAGUGGGUUUUGUUAUUAUUUUCUACUGAUUUGGCUUUCGCGUUGGAUUUAACAUCUCCAAAGGAGAUGCUCUUAUAUCCUCAACUGCAAAAGGACCAUCGGCAAUUUGCCAAUUUCUUCUUCUUUCUCUCAACUCGACAAUUAAAAUGCCUUCCUUAGGUAUUCUGUUGUGUUUCAUUGAGUUUCAGAAUAACUUUCGAAAAGGACAAUGCCAUUUUUGGCAUUCUUUCAUUCCAUUAAGUUUGGUAAUUUUUCAAAAAAACUUGGAUUUGUUAUCUCUGUUUUUAAGAAACAUAGAAUACCUUACUUCAAAGUUUCAAAUUACAAAGAGUAAGAAUGGUAUCCACAAAAGCAAACCAUUCAUCCAAAAUUCCAAACUACGGUCUCUCCAGUUUGCAUUCAUAUUGCACACUAAACAAUUAUUUUAAGGGACCAAAAAAAAAAAAGAAAUCAACAAAUGGAUGGGAGAGAACAACAUUUUCAAUCUCUGAGCAUUUGCCAAAGGCUCUACAACAUCAUCUCGAGAAGCCUAGCCUAUCAAGCCGUCAAGACUCUGACUUUAGGCCCUCCAAUGAAGCGAGGCUUAGCCCAACUGCACAAUGAAUCCAUGCCUCAAAAAACUUCGGAAAGGAGACCAGAAGAGGAAACACAUGAAGCAGCAACAAUUGCACAGCAAGCAAAACCUCCAAAGAAAACGGUUAGCAUAUGCGACAGGGUAGAGGAUAUGGAGAAAGCUAUGAAGUUAAGACGAAGGAGCAAAUCGUUUGAAAAGUUGAACUGGUUAGAGCUAGCAAAAGAGGAGCUAAAACAAAAACCUUUAAGAUCAAUUCUGAAGGUUGGUUCUGGUUUGAGCAAGAAGAUGGCACAUAUUUGUGAAUCUUAAUUACAUCAACUCAAGGCCUUGUAGGGUUGUGUUAGCUCUCUCUGUUGUGACUUGUCAAUGUAAAUAUACAAUGUAACCAAAUGCUCAUGCUACAGUUCUUCAACUAGCUAGCAUAGGCAAACAUAAUUGAAAUAUACAAGUUGAAUCAGA